AUUAUUUUGACUGAAAUUCCUGCUUAUAUUGAAUGCUAAAAAACAAUUAUUUUUGUUUUAAUACCCUAUUUACAUGAUAAAAAGACGUGUAGGGUACGAGUAGUUUUACAAGUUUCAGCUGUUUAGACGGAGUUGCAACUCAUACCCUUUGGCCUCAAAUUCCUGCCAAUGUGUGAAGCAUUCGUUACUUUAGCAACAAAUGAUGAAUACGCAUGUGGUGCUCUUGUUUGGGCGUAUUCAUUGAGGGAAGUAAAGACGACUAGACAGGUUGUCUGUUUGGUAACAAAGCAGGUUUCGAAGCAAAUGCUAGAUAUUAUUGGGUCUGUAUUUGACCAUGUAGAAUUCGUUGAUGUACUUGAUAGCAAAGACGAAACGAACUUGGCAUUACUUUCGAGACCAGACUUAGGGGUAACCUUUACAAAGCUUCAUUGUUGGAGGUUAAUUCAGUAUACAAAAGCUGUUUUUAUGGAUGCUGACACUGUGGUAUUAAAAAACAUUGAUGACUUGUUUGAGCGGGAGGAACUCAGUGCUGCUCCAGAUCCAGGUUGGCCAGACUGUUUUAAUUCAGGAGUUUUUGUCUUCAAGCCGUCAUUGGAAACAUACAACAAGUUACUAAUUUUCGCUGUUAGCCGUGGAAGCUUUGAUGGGGGAGAUCAAGGUCUGCUGAAUAUCUUCUUCUCCGAUUGGGCGACCAAAGAUAUUCGUCUUCAUUUACCAUUCAUUUACAAUGUCAUCAGCCAAGCCUUUUACUCUUACCCACCAGCCUUUAUUCAUUUUCGUAAUAAAAUUCGUGUUGUUCAUUUUAUUGGGUCAGAGAAACCUUGGCACUGUGGACUGGACAAAUUUGGACAAGUCAUUGUUCAUGAUCUCACAAGUGUUGGAACUCCUGAAUUUUUGCAACACUGGUGGAAUUUAUUUAUGACCCACGUUCAUCCAAAACUAACUCCUGGCGAGAGUGAUUUUGUUGGUAAAUUGGCUCAGAUUGAGAUAAGUCAAUCUUCCUCAAGCUUAACUCAAGUCAGUGAUGAAUCUGAAAGACAAUUGGCAUGGGAACGUGGGCAAAUGGAUUAUAUGGGUUCUGAUUCAUUUGAAAAAAUACAAAAUCUUCUGGAAUCAAAAAUCAAAAAAUAGAAACUAGUAUAUAGUAACUAAGUAGCUAUUAGCAGCAAUAUACAUGAGGGUAGGCAUACAAGUUAUGCAGACUGAGCAUGCAUGCAUACUUACUAACAUUUUGUUACGCAUUGAAUACCCAAAUUUUUAACUACUGCUCAUAUGUUUUGACACAUCAGUCUUAUAAACAAACAGUAAUAACUCCUAAUGAUUGCAAUAUCUCUUGAUCUAUAUAGAUUAAAAAGAGGUAUACCAUAAACUGAAUUUUUGAAUUAUUCUGCCUUAAAUUAUUCUUAAAUCAUUUUGCUUUUUUUUUCUGCCCAUUAUUGUUUGUUUUCGAUUUUGUGGUUACUUUUCAUCGAUAAUCUUGUGGAUAUAUUAGACCAAGUAUAUCUUCAAAUUAUUUCAAUAAAAUUAAUGAAUCAUACUAUUUUUAUGAUUUAUGACAUUCUCACCAUUUUGGUUUUCAUAUUCUUCUAUGUAAUUUUGAAAUGCUUAUUUUUGCAGUUUACGAUUUUAAAUUUAGCUGUUUAUUUCACUUUAAUGUACUUUCAUGUUUUUAUGAAUACCUACUUUGUAUUUGAUUAUAUAUAUAUGUAUAUUGUUGAAAUUAGUUUAAUGGGAUAUUAUGUUUUACUUUUAACAAGUACAUAUAUAGAAUGGUUCCAUUUUUGUUCUGGUGAAACAUUUCCUCUUGAAUUUUUAAAUAUUUUCCUUACAUUAGUAUAUGAUUUUGUUCGAUUAGCAUCUUAUCAUGUAUGAAAGAUUAUUUCUUUUAUCACAUUAUUCAUUUCUUCCCUUUUUAUCAUUACUUUUACGAAUUUAGGCUUGCAUCUUUCUUAUCAUUGUAGCUAAAAAUAAUAUAAUAGCCUAAUCAGUUAUGAUGUUUGCAUUACUUUGAUUUCCACUCUUUUUUGUUGUUCUUAUUGAUAAAGAUGUCUUCCACUGAUGAUGUUUUAUGGAAAGUAAAGCAACCUGUAAAUUUUCUUCAUGUGUUCUUUACUUUCAAUUUAGUGAAAUAGUAAACAGAAGUUGUUUAUAUUUGAAAGAAAAAACAGUUUAUUUGACUUCUGAUAAAUGUAUUUAAAAAUGCUUUCUAAGAAAACAGUCCAAAAUUUAAUAGCUUACGUAAUAAUGAAGAUAGAUGAUGAUUGUUCUUAUUCAUCAAAAAAAUUCUCAGGAACCAUUUUUUUAUUAAGUAAAUAAAUAUUUUAGUUCAA